AUGGCCCAGUUCGGGUUUGAGAGCGACAUUCAUAACAUCCUGAAGCUGGAUAUGCCAAUCACGAAUGCACCGAUGGCGAGAUGGCAGAGGAAAGCCAGUGCAUCGACAUGUAACUCUGCCAACACAAGUGUCCUCUCUCCUAGCAAAUCCGCUAACAGAUCAGUCAGCAUGUCUAGGACCCCAGGCAAAACGCCAGGAAAAAAUGGAAAGACUCAGUGCACACCUUCCAAGGUAGGAGGUGACCGGUUUAUCCCGUCCAGAAAUAACAAACAGAUGGAAGUGGCAACAUAUCUUCUCUCAAAGGAAAAUGAACCAGUGAAUGAGACUAAUGAACCAGCUCAGAAGGAGAGUCAAAAAGCGUGGUCAGUGACACUCAACGGCUAUGAUGUCGAGAAGGCAAAGAUCUUGCACCUUGGAGGGAAGCCACUUAAUGCGCCUGAAGGUUACCAAAACAACCUAAAGGUUCUCUACAGCCAGGCACCAACCCCUGUCUCGAUCAAAAAAAGCAGAUACAUCUCCACUGUGCCUCACCGAAUCCUUGAUGCCCCUGAUCUCAGAAAUGAUUUCUAUCUGAACCUGAUGGACUGGGGCAGACAGAACCUGCUGGCCGUCGCGCUUGAAGACACUGUGUACUUGUGGGAUGCUGCCAAGGGUGAGAUUACUCUGCUGAUGAAAGUAGAACAGGAGGAGGACUACAUCUGCUCAGUUUCCUGGAGCAAAGAGGGCAACUUCUUGGCUAUUGGCACCAGUGAUUGUAAAGUACAGCUAUGGGAUGUGGAACACCAGAAGCGUCUUCGCACCAUGGCAAGCCACACGGCCAGAGUUGGCAGCCUGAGCUGGAAUGAUUAUAUCUUGUCUAGUGGUUCCAGGUCGGGUCACAUUCACCAGCAUGACGUGCGGGUGGCAGACCAUCACAUCUUUACUCUGAAUGGGCACUCUCAGGAAGUCUGUGGACUUACCUGGUCUCCAGAUGGGAGGUACUUGGCCAGUGGAGGCAAUGACAACAUGGUCUACGUUUGGCCGGGUGUUCAGGAGGGUAAUGGCAACCAACAAACCGCAGUCCAGUCCUUCAGUGAACACCAAGGAGCUGUGAAGGCUCUAGCCUGGUGCCCAUGGCAACAAAACAUCCUAGCGUCUGGUGGCGGCACGAGCGACCGACACAUACGCAUCUGGAAUGUCAACAGUGGUUCCUGUAUUAGUUCUUGGGACACCAACUCACAGAUUUCUUCUCUUGUGUUUGCACCUAACUACAAAGAGUUAGUCUCUGGCCACGGCUUUGCACAUGAUAGUAUUGUCAUUUGGAAAUACCCGUCUCUCACUAAAGUGGCUGAACUUUCAGGACAUCAAGGUCGAGUUCUGAACCUGACGCUGAGCCCAGAUGGCUCUACUGUGGCCUCUGUGGCAGCUGAUGAGACAGUCAGAUUGUGGAAGAGCUUUGAGAAGGAUCCUGUCAAACAGAAGACUAAGUCCACCAGCAGCAGCAUCAUUCACCAGCCCAUCAGAUAA